GCCGAGUUCUACUAUUAUAUCUAUUUUAUUUUAUCUACCUCUUUCCAGCUGUUGCUAUUAUAUCACAAUGCCGCCUAUGCCGCCAAGCGCUACCAAGAAGCCCCGAGGCGUCAAAAAAACGAGAACCGCGACUCAAACGAAGGCCGCUGCAAAGCGUAAAGCGAUACGCGACGCGAAGAAGGCAAAGGACAUACCAAAAUACCCCGAAUUAUCGCGGUACGAGGACACUCAUAUCGACUUCUUCUUGAGGCGUUUGAUCGAUUCCAAGGCCAAACAGACACAUGGAAAGAACUUCCGUAGCAGUGAUCUACUGGCGAUCGCGUUAGUAAUGCGCGAAGAGUUCAAAAUUCACUUUACUAGCGAAUCUUUGAAGGCCAAAUGGCAGAACGAUAUCAAGCCGACUUGGGGUAUUUGGCUACGACACCUAUCACAUGCUUCUGGUUACAAUGGCCCUCCAGAUAGAGCACCAACCGCUGUCGCUGCCGCUAGGGAAGCGCACGAGGCAGCGUACCCCGAGUGCCAUCGGUUUAUGGACGGUACUGAGCCGCAAUGGAAGCACUAUAUGGAAGAGCUCGUCGGUGAUGAGAUGGCAACUGGUGACGAAGCUGCUACUGCCGCAGAUCUCGUCGCUCCGCAGGAGGACGCAGAUACUAUGGUUAUCGACGAUUCGAGUACGGAUUCGGACAACGACGACGACGUUGACCUAGACGAGCUGUCAGAUAUUGAGCGUAGUGCGAUCGUCGCACGGCGAGCUGAGAAGGAACAUAUACGGGCCAAGAAGAGAGCAGAAGCGGACGCUGCGAAGAAACGAGUACACCGCGUUGCUGCCGCUGAGAAACUACAGUCUACAGCAGCCCAAAAAGCACUUGAGCCGUUCAACAGGACACUUGCCGAGUAUCUGAAAACCCAGGAGAUUCGUGCUACGCUACCGCCGCCGCGGCAGAAGAGCGAUAUGGAGCUCCUGUCGGAUAGAGUGUUAGACGCGACCUUCUUACCUAUGCUUACGUUCGACCGGAAGAUGGAGGUGUUGGAUUGGGUUGGGCCCGAAGCAUAUCGUGUUAGUAUUGGUAUGUCGCUGCUAGCCGUAGGAAGAGAGAAGGAACUGGAAAACUUCGUUCAAGGUGCGCUCUCGAGACUCGACCGGCCGGCGCAGAUGCCAGAGCGUUUCGUCCACGACUCUAGGACGCAGCCGUCGUCGUAUGGGUAUCCGCAUACACCAUACAAUCAAGAUCUACUUCCAGAGGGGCGUCGGUGGUAAUGUAGAAGCAGAAGAAGAGAUACUAAUUCGAAGCGGAAGAAGAGAUAAUAAUGUAUAAUACAG